AGGUGGGAAAGGGAAAAGGGAGGAAUGCUGAUAAAAAAAAUGUAAACAAAGGAAAAUAAAUAGAAAAAUUUAGAAAAAUGCGAGGAAGAAAAUUCUUACGUUCAAACUUCAAAGGAUUGCAAAAACAAGAACUUUCUUCAGAUUUGUUAUGAAUUUAAUUUAUUCAACGUUAUUUCACAAGGUACGAGGUAUUUUAAUUCUUAACCGUAAACUGAAGUAAUCGUAUUGCGGCGUGAAAAUUUACAUUGAUAACAAUUUUUGUCUUCUUGAAAAAUGUGAUAUUUUUUAUAUAUUCAUUCAUACUUUUCGAGGUAAUCUAUGCGAAACAUGACUACCUCUACUUUUAUGAAAAUCGAUGGCCCUCUUAUGAGCCUGGAAUUGAAUAAAGAUAAAAAUAAAGUUGCUGUUGCUGGAAGACGAGCUUUCAAAAUAUUUUCUAUCGAUGACGGAGUAUUUGUUGAAGACAUAGAUUUACGUGGUACUGAUACCGUUAAUUUGAAUUAUUCGUUCACCGACGUAACUUGGAAUUUGAAAGAAGAGCACAUACUAGCCACAGCAGCUACGAAUGGAGCUGUUAUAACAUGGAAUCUGAAUAAAAAUCAUCAUUCGAAACAAGAUCGUGUUUUUCUGGAUCAUAAAAGAACUGUAAAUAGGAUAGGAUUCCAUUCAGUCGAACCAUGGUUGAUAUCGUGUUCUCAAGAUAGUACAGUGAGAUGUUUCGAUUUAAGGACUCGAGAAUCUGGACGAAUUUUCAAAAGUAACACUGAGAGUAUUCGAGAUGUGAAAUUCAGUCCUCAUUCGUUGAAUACGUUCGCUGCUGUAUCUGAGAACGGAGGAUUACAAUUAUGGGAUAUUAGAAGACAAGACAAAUACUAUAUGCAGUAUGCUGCUCACACCGAGCCAAUUUUCUCUUGUGAUUGGCAUCCUGACUAUCAAUGGAUAGCUACUGGUAGCAGGGAUAAAUCAAUCAAAGUUUGGGAUAUUACGUCCGUUAAACCCACUCUAAAAUACAUGAUCAACACAAUAGCUUCGGUUGGCCGAGUAAAAUGGAGACCAAUGAGAAAAUAUCAUAUUGCUUCAGCUGCUCUUGUUGUCGAUUGGAACGUCAAUAUAUGGGAUCUGAGACGGCCAUAUAUACCAUUUGCUUGCUUUCGCGGUCAUAAAGAUAUCGUUACUGAUAUUGUAUGGAGAUCUGAUCCUCAUUUCGUUAUAUCAAGUGGAAGAGAUUCUCAAGUAUUUUAUCAUGUAUUUUCUGACGCAAUGCGGCCAGCCGAUGCGGCAAACCCACAAGCUGUAUCAAUUAGUUGUACCGGUGACGUGGCAUAUUCUAAUCGCGUUAAUGUUAAUCCUGUAGUCAAAUCUAGUAAAAUACAAGGAUUACUGAGGCGUUCCACUGAUCUCAAUUCAGAAUUUUGUCAAGCAGCUAGUCAAUUGAAUAUAUACGGCGUAAAAAAAUCAGCAUUAAUGGAUGACUCCAGUUAUUUAUUUGUCCACUUAGCUCGUAAUUAUUUAUUAUCAGGAAAACCGUUGCCUGAAAUCUGCGAACAUAAUUCUUCCCUGGCUGAACGAUUCGGCUGCACUGAUAUCGCAUUCGUGUGGAACGUAAUUAAACAAAUUUUUUCCACCAAUUUUUUCGAUUCGGAUGAAUUACUUCCUGAAGAAAAUGAAAGUAUUAUUAUCGAUGAUAGGGAAGAGACUGAUGAAGAAGGCGAGAUAUCGAAAGAAUUGGCUGUCGCUCUAGAAGUAGAAGACGAGUUACCGGAUUUAUUAAGCUGUGAUACCAAACAACAAUUAGACGAAUUAAUUUCCGAUCCUUGCGUUACUGUGGGAGAUUUUUUGUUCGGUGAUAAGGAAAUGGAUCCGUUAUCUCUCGAUUACGAUAAUUGCGAAAAUUUACGUUUAAGCAUGAACGGUGUUUUCAUUGAAAAAUUUGAUCUCGAUGAGAACGAUUGGAAUCUACCACAUGAAGCAUUCCCUCUAAGGCAUGAAAUCAAAGAAAGCUCUCCUCCUCCUGAAUUAUUACCAAAUAAUAUUACGUCGUUAUCAAACGAUGAUUCUUCGUUACCUCCUGUCAGGUUUAUCAGAUCUGGUAAGCAACAAUUUCAGUUACACGUUACAUGGUCCCAAAGACUACCACGAUGGAAUUGCAGUGAUCUGCUCGCUGAUGCAUUGAUGCAUCAUGCUGAUGCAGGUGACUUUCAAACCGCAGUAUGCAUAUUAUUAGUAUUAGGAGAAAGAAGACGAUACUUGGUCAAAGCAUGCCAAUUGGAUGAAAUAGUUUUAGAACAGUGGUUGCUGACAUACAUCGAUAUGCUGAGUCGAUUCAAACUGUGGAAUAUAGCAACAGAGGUUAUUCAGUUAUCCUGGAUAUCAAACGUGAACCAACUUAAUCAACAUUCAACCACAAUGCGAACAUCUUGUGGUAAAUGCAAAAGAACUUUAGUAAGGAGUGGUUGGUUGUGUGACAGAUGUCAUUCCACGACUACUUCUGUUUGCGCUAUUUGCCAUAAUGUGGUUAGAGGGCUUUUCAUCUGGUGUCAAGGAUGUACUCAUGGAGGUCAUUUAGCUCAUAUGCAGUCUUGGCUUCAAAAUAACAGACUGUGUCCUGCUGGUUGCGGGCACUCUUGCGAGUAUUAAAUUUAUUGAAUUUUAAACAUCACUUAAUACGGAUAAAUCAUCUUUUGGAUACAAAAGAGUUGAAUAUGAAACGGAUAUACCUGAUUUUUUUUUACAUUGGUUGAAUUUUUCAUGACAAUUUAACGAUUUUUUUUACGUUUAGGAGAAUUGUCACAUUUACGAAUGAAUGAAUGCUAUUGAAAUGAAACAUUAUUAUGAACACAUACGUAUAUUUUACAUUUUAUACAAAAAAAAGGAAAGAAAGAAAUAUUUAAAUUACCUCCUUUGGAAGAACGCAGUAAAAAGGACGACGACGUUGAGUUGAAGUAUCAUUAAGUUUUCAUUAUUUAGAAGGUCCGAACACUAAAUUUGAAGAUGAAUGUUUUUUUUCCUAUAAGUAUCAAAAGUCAACGGCGAGCAUUGAUUUUUUAAAUAAAAAAUUGUGAUAAUUAUUGUACGAGGAUUAUUAAAAAAGUCAAACGUUUUACUGCUUCAAGGUUCCUAUAUAGUGACCAUAGACAAUUUCUACAGAAAAAACGAGGAACUUUUCGAACUCAAUUUUAAAGACUUCAACCUCUAAACUUGUAAAAUGAAGACAUUUCUUAUAAGUUCUAAUGAUUAUUCACUUUUGAUAAAAAGUUCUUAAUUUUAUAUUUUGUUCAUUUUUCUAAGUACUGGAGAAAAUUAUAUGGAAAGUAUAAAUACAUCCAUUUGAAUCUAUGCAUUUAACUUUUCUGUGAAACUUUUCUAUGGUCGCUAUAAAGGAACCUUUAAAGAGUUCCAAUGGAUGAUAAUUUAAUUACAAAACAUCGCUUAUAAAAUAUAUCAUCUUUAAUAGUCAGUAGUAACUUUAAAAUAACACAGAACGUUUCACAGUCAUUCGGAACGACUGAUAAAUUAACCUUAGUAUUUUUAUAUAUUUUUUUCCCAUUUCCAAUACGAUGAGUUCAUGAUAUGUGUGUUUACAUUAUAAUGUUUACUUGUCUACCGACAUACGUUCAAAAAUUUUGUAAUUUCGUUAUUAGUUUACGGAAGAGUUUAUUAUUUAUAUGUAUUAAACUAAUAGUAUUUCGAAUGAAUUUUCUGAAGUUUUAAAAUUGUAAUGUUUACAUUUGUUAUUUUUACAAUCGUUUCAUAAUAAUUCUGAAUUGGUUUGAAAGUUUUGCAUUUAUUGAAUGUUUCCUGUGGUUUUCAUACCACGUUUGUUGUAGAAAUUUUUUUGAAGAAUUUAUGAAAUAGUAAAAUUAAUCUGAAUGUGAUCUGAACCAGGAAGUAUUCUUUUUUUAGGCAUUCCUAUAAAUUUUGACAUACUAUCUCCGCUCCCAUUUCGUACUUUAAUAAUUAUGAAAAUUGAAUUUGCUUUUUUAAAGUUACAUUCACAAACGAAAAAUGAAUAACAUCAAAUUAAAACAAAUCGCGUUGUACAAAAAUGAUUUAAAAAUUAUAAAAAAAGCUUUCACACGUAUUUUUAGUAGUUUGAAAAAAAAAGAAGAAAACCCACACAUAGUAGAACACGUCAAUUUUUUUUGCAACACACUCAUAACCUACACAUAAGUAUAAAUGAGUACAAGUGAGAGAAACGUUUAAAACAUAAAAAUAUAGAAUAAGAGAUCAUCACAGGCAUUUUUUCAAUAUACGAAUUAAUGGACA